CCAGUCUUGCCGCGCCAGCGCGAUCGAAAGGAUCGAUGUCGUUGCAUCGUUGCGCGGCCGCGUCGCGAUCGUUUCGAAAUAUCAAACCGCAAAUCAAUUUCGCGCGAUAUCGCACGGGUGCAGUGAAAUAAACAUCGUCCAUCGUCGAAACCGUGUUCGUGAUCGAGAGACGCGAUAUCGAUACGAUGAAAAAUCCAAAAAUAAUACACCGAUAUAUUUUUCUCUGUGGCAUCGAUUGAUUCCUCGCAACAACGUCUUCCAUCCUUAAUUACGAGCAUUCAAUUAUUUCGUCUUUUUUCCGUUUCGUUCAUAUUCCUUCUCUCUCGUGCAAGAGAUUUGUCGUUUUGUCGGUGGUACGAGUUUUCCAGUUUCUUUUUUUCUUUUUUUUUCGCCUCGUGGAACACCGUGUUGUGUAUCGAACAGCCGUGUCACGAGCCGUGUUUUCCGAGCAGUGGAUUUUUCGUAGCCGUCGUCUCUCCGGAUGAAAAAUACGGAGGGUGCCACGAUCAGCGUAACGGGGGAGUGUUAAGGGACAAUUAUAUUAACGCCUUUUCGGAUCACACCCCCGCUUACAAGAUCUUUCUUGGGUAAUUUCUUAAGAAGGGGGUAUAUACCCGCCGCUUCUUAAGCUUAUUUAAUCUCUCUGUCGUCUUUUAACGGUGGAGCGGCAUAAUCUAAAAUUCAUUGUCUCCCCCGGAGUUUCAACUUGGUCGCCCGCUUUCUUUCUCUUUCCCUCUCUCUUUCUCUCUCCACUCUUUUUAUCGUAACGCUGUCAAAUCUUAUCCGGCCCCUUCCGUUUUCUAUCUUCCUCUCUUCUAAUUCUCGUUGUCGUUAAUUUUAUCGUAGUUCUCGACGUCAUCCAUUUAUUCGGAAAGGGAAAGAAGAAAAAAAUAAGAAAAUUUAUUAGGUCGUUGAUCGAGUUCAUUUAUGAGAAAUACUGUAUUCGAAUUGUUUCGUUUAAUAUUGUAUGCGAGUUCAUUUUUUUCUUUCUUAAUUUUUCUCUCAAUUUGAAUAGAGAUUAUUAAUUUAUCCGUUCUCACUAUUCAACGCUAUUCGAUCCCAUUGGAUCGUCGAACGCGUUAAUUAAUCAUCGAUCAAUGCUUUUUCACAAUUGUUUACACGAGCUUGAGACAAUUGUCAAAAUACAGAGUCGAAUACAAAAUAAAUUUCUCAACUUCCUGCCUUUCUCGAAAUUUCCUCUCUCGGCUUCCUUUCACACCGACGAUAACCCGAUACAUUCUCAUUCAGUUCGCAUCGGUAAUGACUGACUUUUUUAAGUAGAGAGAGAAAAAGAGAGAGGGGGGAAAAAAGGAAAGGAGAAAAAAAAAAGAGAGAGAGAAAAGGAAAUUACAGCCUAUCAUCGUUUACAAGCGAUCCAUACGACUCGCUUAACGACCCAAUAAGAAAAAAAUUGACCCUUUCUCAUUAAGUUAUACCAAUAUACCAUCGCCUCGCAUCGAUAAAUUAUCGCGCUUUACGAUUCUCUUCCUGGUCACACAGCUCGUCCGUGACGAAUCGCCCUUCCUACGUUUCUCUGAACCGCGGAUCAUCAGGGGGUUCGAUCCUCUCGAGGGGAGGGAGAGGAGAAGGGAAGUCUCGCGAAAAAGCGGAGGAUCCGCGCUGUGAUUAACGAUUUUGUACGACCGUGCGUUUUUACGUUUCGUGCGUGGCAUCGAAGAGAUAGCCCGCCAUGCACCGCUUCGGUUCUGAUAACACUGUUUGAACUGUCAGUCGUCGCCUGAUACCGAGUCGGUGUUUCACAAUUAGAGAAGCGGCCGUGAAAAAGUUCGAAACCCGGCUCGUCGUCGCUCGUUGUGAUUAAUCGUGUGCGACUGACGACAGUCAGGGGAGGAGGAGGAGGAGGAGGGAGAUCGGUUUCGAACGAGCAGCGAAACCCGGAAAGGAGAGAGUUACGAGAGAGAGAGAGCCGCGGCGAUAUUUCAACGGAACGUCCUCUUCUCGCGGCGGCGAGAUAAAAGAAAUCGCGGUGUGUAUCGAGGAAACCGAGCGAACUCGCUCGACGAGAGCUUCGAGCUCUCCUCGAAUAAACGCGUUGCCACCGGGGUAAAAAGAAAUUAUUCUGGAAGGCGCGGCGCGAUAAAUAACGAGUGUUCCACGAACGACGCUCGAGCACUGCCCGAGUAUCAUCUAACCAGACCAGACGAUUGCUCAGCAACGCAAAAAUAGAAGGUGAUUGAUCGUGCGGGUCUCCGUCGCGAAAGGAAUGCGAUCUGUGCUCGGUGAAUCUCUACGGGAGUUACGUUAGCAAGGAUCGAGACGACUCUUGCUGUGAAAUUUAGUGAUCUCUCACGGUGUUCUGUUUUUCCGAUUUUCUCCGAGAUGUAUGUGCCGCGUAUUGUAUUGUAACGUGAGAAGAAGGAAGCUUCCUUUUCGGUUGGAUCGUUCCCUCGGUGCCUUUUUAUCGAGCGGAUGAUCCCUGCGAUAACAGGGUGGGCCUGUGGAGAGGAUAGAGAUAUAGUAUUGGCCGCGCAAUCAGGAAUCAUCGAUGGAACGGGUGGGCAUCGAGUGGUUGGCAACGUGCUCCACCGGCUAAUACCGGCCACGACGAAAUUACGCUGCGCCAAGUGUAGCCAGAAAUUGGCAGGAUAACGUGGCCACAGUCGAUUACUGGGUGCAGCCAGGAGGGGAUCCUCUCUCCCAGCGGGUGCGUCGGGUGCGUUAGGAUAAGGAAGAAGAAACGUUUGAACGAGGAUACGAUUAAGCGAAGAUGCGAAGACACGCAGGAUCCAGAAAAUGAACGAUGAAAUAAUCGCGAAGGGUUUGACCGGUGGCGGGAACAUUCCGUUCGCGGACGAGGAUGGAGCGGUGGCGGGGCUGGACGAUCGCGGCGCGCGAGAGGUGACGCGGAAGGAAGCGCACGCUUUCGGGACGUUCGGUGGGCCGUCGAGGAGGAUCGAUCAAGAGGGAAGGAGCUGCUCGUCGACGGUGCUCGAACGGAAUGCGAGCAUGUCGGUCGGGCAGCAGCAGCAGCAGAGGCAGUACAAGCGAUCGCCCGGCCCAAGGAGGAUCGGCUCGAGGAACGAGGGGAUCGAGGGGAGCGGGGAGAAUCCUCUGCAACGGUACGAGAACGCCGUGUUGAAGUAUCAGAGGGCGAGCAGGCAAGGGAGCCGGGACAGGAUGCAGAAUCACGGUUGCUCGAGCAGCGACGAGAGCGUGGCGAGGAACAAGUCGAAGAGCAUCAGCUCGAUCGACACGCAAUCGGUGAACAACAUAUUGGACGAGUACGAGGACCUCGAUUACGGGAGAUCGUCGGAUCUGAGCGACGUCGGGAGCAUAAGCGUGUCCAACUUCGAGGCCGUGAUGAUGGACCAGCGGAAGAAGCAGCAGCAGCAGGAGAGGUCGAGAGCGUUGGCCGCGUCCAGGAUCCAGCCCAAGUGCCUCGCUGCGCGGGAGAAGUCGCAGCUGGUGGCGAGAGCGAGCCAACCGGCCCAGCAGCCGAGACAGAAGGAGUCGUCGAGGCACGCGGUCCCGCAGUCGCCGAUCGAGGACGGGCCUCGGCCCUCGUCUUGCGUGCCCGUGACCGUGGACCCCGGCCGGGCGAGAGGUGUCCCGGAGGUGUUGCUUCGCAAGGGGGAGGUGCAGAAGAGGGUGGACGAGUGGUUGAACCAGACGCAGAGCCAGAAUUUCACGGUCGGGGCGCGGGAGAAAGCGUUGACCAGGUCGAACAGCAGCGCGGACCAGAAGAGUCAGAGGAGGUACAGGCAAGACUCGAGGUCGAGAUCGAUCGACGAGGGCAGGGACAAGUCGAACGGGACCUCGUCGAGUUACGACGAUCUCAGCCGGGCGGAGAAGAAGGCGGAGCGCAAGGCGAGCGCCGACAAGGUGAACGUUGGCGUGAACACGAGCAGGGGGACGUACAAGGAGUAUCUCGCUUCGAAGAACGGAAGGAGCGGCGGCAAGCAGCAGGAUUACGGCUUCAGCGCGUCGGGCUGCGGCGCGAUCGGUAGAACGAGGGACAUGAGCCCUUCGACCGCCGCCUCGAGGAUUCCGCAGAGGGGCCCGUUGGGCUCGAGCUUCAGGUCGAGGCGAGGACUGGACUCGUCGGGCAACGGCGAGGCGAGCCAAGCGGAUAACAGCGGGGGGGAGCAGGCGCAAUUUUGCCAGGGCGAAAAGAACUGUCGCGCGAGAAACGCGGCCGACGCCAGGCCGACGACGACGACGAAUUUGGUAAAGACGAGAAACGAGUCCGAUAUCCACGGGAGGAUAUCUGGGGUGGUGGGAAGCGGCGUUACCGGUGGUUCGACAACAUCGGCGUCCACGUCGUCGUGCUCGGUUAUCCCGUGCAGGAAAGCGUCGUUCAAGCGGUCGCAGAGCCACGAUCAAAGCGCGGCGCGGCCGCUCGUUAAGGAAGAGACAGGCCAGAGAGGGAGCAGAGGAGGGAGCGGCAUCUCCAAGGGCCCGGCCAACCUUGGUGACCAAGGCGAGCCGAUCUCGCCAAAUAAGGACGGAGAAAGUAGGCGGCCGGCUCUCACGACCGAUUCAUCGCGAACGGCUGGUGAUAAACCAGCCGAUGUUGCCUGUAAAUCGAUCGAGGCUGCGAGGAGCGGCGCUGAUCGGCCCACGCGGGAUAUUAUCCACAGGGUUACGGGUGGUGGUGGCGAGUCGGGCGAGACUAGGAGGUGCUAUCCCGUGCAGGACAAGAGAAUGGAUCAACAGACGAGGCAGGAGGCCGCUACCACGGUGGUUUACGGCGCGGUUGGCGCCCGCGUGCGGACCCUCCAAGGUCACCAGGAAUCCCGCGUCACGAAGCCGAGGAAUCUCCAAGCCGGCCUCGCCCCGCCGGAAGCUAGAAAGCCGCCGGUUCUCCCGAGGAGGGAUCAGAUCCCUUGCUGCCAGGAGGGGAAGGACGACCGGGCUGCGAAACGGUCGCCGAUCGGCUCCCCUCGAUCCACGUUCAAACCGAACAGUCGGGUUUACGCGGCGUUGCAACAAUUGAACGAGCAGAACUCGGCCAAGUCGAGGUCGGCGGGCAACGGUCCCGCUGACAAGUCGCCAGCGAGAUCCCACUACUCCUCGCCGAAUCACGCGGUGGAGAAGAUUUACGAGCGCAGUCUUCAGCCCCAGGUGAUUCACGUGGAUGACCUCCAAUCGAUCCUUCGACCUUCUUUGCAGGUUUCUGCUUACGGCGAAGGAGGGACGGCCGGUCGAUCCGAUCGCAAGUCGCCUCCCGGAGAAGUGGUUGUGCUCGCCCAACGAAACGAAAAGGAGGACGAAGAGGAAGAGGAAGAAGAGGAGGAAGAAGAGGAGGAAGAAGAAGAAGAAGAGGAGGAGGAAGAAGAAGAAGAAGAAGAGGAGGAAGCGGAGGUUUACGAACGGGUCGGUGAGUUGCGGUACGAACACCUGGAGACUAUCGAGGAAGACGAUCAGAAGAGCGAAGCGUCCGUUUGCGGAUACCCAGAGAUCGGGUUGAGCCGAUGCUCGAAGAUCGAGCGAGGGCUGGCGAACGGUAGGUCGCAGGAGAGGAGGAAAAAGAGGAAGAAGAAGGAAGGUUUGACGACGCAGCGUUCGAAGCCGGAUCAAGGGAACGAAGCUGGCAGGACGUUCGUCACGUUUCGCUCAUCCAGUUCCCCCCAGGACAUUAAGGCGAGCCUGCAAUCUCGACCCGCCGCGACUGGUUUGUCGGAGUGCAACGAACAGCAGGAAAAACGGGAGAUCGCCGCUGCCGAGGAGCCGCCGCCGAGGAUCGUCCACGACGCGGAGAUUCUCCCUUACGAUUCCGGGAACCAGGCCGACAGAGGCGAACCGUGUCACACGCGGGAGAACAGCGAUCUAUCCACCGCCACUAUCCCCGUGGACGAGCUUGAGAGUGAAAGGCAGGCGGCAAAGUUCAAGGUCGAAGACGCGUGUCUCGGAUCGAACGAGAUGCCCGAUCAUCGAACAAUGGAGGCAAGAUUUCAAAAGGAGGAUGCCAAGGAGGUCGGUUGCCAGAAGGUCGAUAGAUGGGAGAGCGAGAAGGAGAGGGCUAGCUCGAGGGAAAUGGAGGAGCGCGGCUCCGUGGUGAACGAAGUGUUGGUGAAGAAUCUUCAGUUCGAGCAAGAUUUGCCCAAGGAUUCGGUGGAGCACGUUGGUGGUGGUGGUAGUGUCGGUGUUGGUGUUGGUGUUGGUGUUGGUUGUAGUGACGCGUUUGGAAAGAUCAUCGAGCAUGUCGGUCAGCAGAGAGCGAUGGGGUACCACAACGUUUUGUGCGACAAUUACGAGAACGUGCAGAACGCGAGGUAUAAGGAGAGCAAGGUGUACGUGACGAAAGAGGAGAUGGAGCGGCAGAGGCUGAUGGAGCUGCUCAGGAAGGGAGAUUACGAGUUAGCGAAAGCGGAAUUGGAGAGAAGUUAUACCCUCUCGACCCCGGGGGGUAGCAGCCCCGUUUGUUGCCCGCCCUGCAGCCCGCCCCCUGCGCCGGCCGCAUACAUAUCGAGCGCACGUGCGUCCUCGCGGAGACUCGGCGCCGGAAGCGGAGGCCCGCCGUCACCGGAAAGGGACCCCUUGGGAAAACUGUUAAGAUUCCUCAAGUCCUUCUACAGGGAGCUGGGCACUCGCGAUCCACCCCAUUUGCCUGGGUGGGCGUCGCCACUUCCACUCGGCACCCUUUGUCCGGCGCAUUUCCAGCCGCACCUGCAGCUGCUCCACAAAGGCGAGCAGGAGCACAGGCUCGAGAACAUCAAGCCCGACCAGAUCUUCGCCCCCGUCAGGUUGAGCGACGGCACGGUCUCGGAGGCGCCUCGCCGCGUGGCCAUCGAGGGCGGGCCAGGAAGCGGAAGGACGACCCUGUGCCUCCGCCUGCUUCACCAGUGGGCGAUCCAAGGCGACGGCCCGGCUCUGGCCUUCAUCGUCCCGUUGCGCGAGCUCCGCGGCAGUCCCGUGCUCAAUUACCUGGCGCGGGAAUUAUUCCCAAGGACGGCAGCCAUCGGCGACGCCAUCGCCCAGGUGUGGCGCACGCUCCACCUGAUGGAGGAUCGCGUGCUGUUCAUCCUGGACGGGUACGACGAGUGCGUGGGCGGCAGAGCGUCCCUGGCCGACGCGGUAGACCUUCUGGAGGGGCGCUUGUUCCCGGACGCGAGGAUCCUGGUCACGUGCUCGCCCGGCAACUCGACCAUGCUCUCGCCCCUCGUCCAAAGAAGGAUCCAUUUGGCCGGGUUGGAGUGGCCCCACGUCGAGAGGCUAUGUGUCGCGUAUUUCAUCCACAACGACAUCGCGGAGAAGGCUUGCGAGUUCCUCGAAGCGUUAAACGUGCAACCCCAGACCGUGAAACAGCUUGGUCAGCACCCUCUCGGUUGGAUCAUGCUCUGCUGCCUCUACCAGGACUCUGGGAGUUUGCCAACGGAGACCAGCGCGCUGGUUCAAGCAGCGGUCAAGUGCAUCGUGAAGCGGAGUCUGGAUCCACCCGUCCCUUACAACGAGGAGAUCCCUGGCCAUUGCAGGAAACGAUUGGAAGACUUCGGUAAGGUGUCGUUGGCCGCGCUCAGGGAAGGCAGGUGUUGCUACACGGAGGCCGAGCUCCGCGCACGGGGUGGAGGGAUCGAGGUGACCAGGCUUGGCUUCCUCACCAAAGGAUUGACGUUCGGCCAACGGCGAAAACCUGACCUGUACACGCCCAUCCACAUGGCCGUGGCCGAAUUCCUGGCGGCCUACUACUUGACCUCCGUCGCCCAAUACGCCAACAUACUUCGAAGAGAGUUGGAGGGCCUCCCGUCGGGGAUCAUCAGCCACUUGGCCGGCCUGUUGGGGCCCAAGACGCAUCUGAUAUUGAACCAAUUGUGCCCGUUGGAGGUGCCGCCAAGGGCUGUGUUCUCCCUGUUGAAGGCGGCAGGCGCCUCGGACGGAAAUAUCUCCGCCGUGUGCAGAUUGGUCGGCGCCGGGCCCGGCUUCGGCCCCGCGCCCAACGAGAGGCCGCCCGCUCCUCUCGUCCACACUUCCCCCCUCGAGCUGGAGGGGUGGGCGAGAAUCCUCGAGAGCGCGGCGUGCACCCUCGAGGCUCUCGAGGUUGUGUUCCAGGUGGAGAGGGGCUCCGAUCCGAGAUAUCUGGACGACUUUUUCGAGGCGUUGGCCGGGAACGAGAGCGUGAAGCUCGUCAGGAUCACGUCCCUUCUUGGACAAGAGUUCCCCGCGGACGAGGCGCAAAAACUGGCCGGCCAUUUGAAGAGCGUCCUCGGCAAGAAGAAACUGAACGACUUUGAACUGGUUAUAACUUGUCUCGAGGAAGCUGCCCACGACAGAUUGGAGUGCGUGGUGAACGCCCUUUGCCGUGGGCUGAGUCACGCGUCAACCAGCCUGGCACGGUUGGUCCUCGACAUGAAUCUGUCCGGCGAGCAAGUGUCCAGGGUCUGCGAUGCUCUUCGUGACUGCGUUCAAGUGCAGGCGCUUCACUUGCCCCAUUUGGGAUGCGGAUGCGAGGGGCUUGCCUCGGUCGCGGAACUCCUCAAGGAGAGGCCUUUGCUCGCGCUCAAUUUGGCCGGAAGUUGGGGCGCCAAGAACGAGGAUCCGUCCAGCUCUGGAAUCAGUUCGGGUUCCGGAUCCGGGAGCAGCGGAUGCGCGUCCAGUACCCUUGGCACGCUACCCUUAAAUCGGUGUUACUCGUCCCUGCCGAGGGGUGCGUUGGCGGCGUACGGCAGCUUAACGAGGCCAGCCACCCUUCCGCGGCUUCCCCUCGGGCUUGGCCUUGGUCCCGCGCCCGCCACCGGGAACGGACCGCUGCCGCAGAACGACAGGGACAGAGACAGCAACGGAAGCAGCAAGAGGAACAGCGACAGCGUGCUUUGUCAUCGGUUGCCGCUUCUGCACCCGCUACCCACUUGCGACGUCAGCAGCCAUCAAGGAACUGGCUUCCACGAGAUCUUCAACGCCAUCAGGGAGCCGAACUGCAAGCUGAGGUCCCUGAACGUGUCCAAGUGUUUACUGGGCGGAUUGGACGCGGGCUGCUUGGGGGAGACCAUCAGAAGGGCGCGCAAUUUGGACGCUCUGAGGGCAGCCGGUGCAUCCAGGCCGGCGGAUGUGAUGCCAUUAGUACUGGCACUGACAGAGGCGCCGUGUCUUCAACUUCUGGAUCUAGCGAGCCCAAGACUGGCCCUCGACGACCACCCUUCCAGAUUACUGUGCCACGCUCUCGCCAGAAAUACCACCCUUAAGCUGCUCAGCCUGGAAGGAUGGACCUUUAGAAUAGAGGAAUCGGACAGUCUGGCGGUGUUCUCCGAGCUACUCAGAUACACGAGCGUGCGCGAGUUGAGCCUGUGCAACGCCCGGCUACAUCUGGCCGUCCACGAGGGUCCUUUGGCGAGAUUAGGCCGCAGGGACGAUGCAGGAGCGGAGUUGCUCAGAGCCGCGCCUCCUCCCGCCUGCCCCGCCAUUGUAUUUCUCAGGCUGGCCGGUUUUCAAGUGACAGUGAACGAUCGUUUGGCGCUUCGAGGGCCGCUUCUUUUGCCAUUCCUCGCCGGUUUCACAGCCCUGAGCGAGCUCGAUCUCUCGUUGGACAAAUCGACGAUAGGGGGCAGCAGCGGAUCAUUGCUGUUCAUCGAUGACAAAAUCCUUCAACAAUUCUUCGCCUGCUUCUCCUCUCACUUCAAGAAUCUACAGUCGCUGAGGAUUAACUUUUGGCGGAUCACGUUGGAGGACAGCGAGAAGACGAUGAGGCAGAUCGCCAAGUAUCUGAAGCUGUGCAACCUGAGCUUCUUAAAGGCGAAUGGAUUGAUCGUGACCGACAGCGCGAAGAAGGUGCAAAUGGAACACGUAUUCGUGCAAACGAUCCUGACCCAUCUGCAGUACUUGACGUGGCUCUGUCUGGAUGGUGUGGAUCUCACGGAAUCGCAGGCUUCCAGUAUCGGGAAAUGUGUUAGAGAUCGGUUCCCGGGCACCUCGUUGGAGAUCAGUGCCAAAGACGUGCACGUAAAGUCGGUGAAAGCUUUGGUCGCCGCGAUAGAGGAGGGUGGGAGGGCGGAAGUCGUGUACACCGGCGGGUCGAACUGCAGACUGAAGAUCACUAAGGUCCAGAAGAGUGGCAAAGGUAAAAAGAAGUGAAGACUCGGUUGGAGAAUUCUUGGUUGUCAACGACAAUUGGAAUCUUCGUAAUUGUUCGAUCACGGAAGAAAUGUGGCCGUAGAAAAAUAAUUGGAUUGGAAAUUUGAUCCGUAGAAUGAAAAUAUAGAGAUGGGAAACGUUCGAAGUGGGGGGGAGGGAAUGAUUGGUUGCACGUGAUUCAAGGAUAAAUGAUCCGGUGAAACGGAUCUUGGAAGGAGAGAGGCUAAGGGAAUGUUUUAGGAUGAGAAUAACGUAGUUUUAGAAAGAUACGAGAGAUCGACCGUGUUAGCCGUAAGAGGCAUGUAGAAUAAGAAGAGUACUCGCACGGGGAAGAAAGGCGUGAGGAAGGAGAGGAAGAAGAAGGAAUGAAGCCAACACUUUGUGGAUUUUCGUCUUACUGUGAUUUCCUUUUCUGCGCGUCAUCACGACUUUCCUAACGAUAUAGAUCCAUAGAUCGUAGCAUUAUUAGCUCGAGCAUUAUUCUCGAUGAUCCGUUAAUAACGCAGAAAAAUGUCGAAAUCGUACAGAAGGGUGGGUAAAAAAAAAAUAUAUAUAUAUAUUAUAUAUUCUUUCACCGAGAAAGAAUAAAUAAAACGAGAUAAAAAUUUUAGAGCAAGACCAAUUAUACAUACGCAUACGUAUUAUCGAAAGAUAUUUAAAAAAUAAAAAAAGAAAAAAAAAUAAUAAUAAUAAUAAAAAAGAGGCUGUUGCAACUAGAUACGUUCGUUGUUGUUAGAUGGACUGUAAAAUAUGAUUCAGAGUAAUAUAUUAUUAUUAUUGUCAUUAUUGCGAUUAUUAUUAUUAUUAUUAUUAUUAUUAUUCCUACGAUUACUAGUAUAUUCUAAUCAUGAUUAUUAAAUGUUACGAUCGAUUGAAUUGCAAUCGACGAUCCAUGAGUGAAAUGGCUUUACCGGAUGGCGUGUUGUUGGAAAUUUGAAGAAAUUUUAUAAAUUAUAUUCUAUAGUAGUGGGUAGAAAAGAAAAAAAAAAGGAAAAAAAUACGUAUCCAGAGAGUAAAAGAGAGACGUCCUCGGAUUUUCAAUUCUAUUGUACACAUUAAAUAGAAAAUAAUUGCUAUUGUAUAAUAAGGAACGAAGAACGGAAUAAAGAAGCAACAAAAAAUUACUUACUUUUUGCGAGUAAAAGAGAGAAACGUGCGACACUCAACUGCCAAAUCGUAAUUGUAGAUUUUAUUCGCGAGUAUCGAUAUUAUAUCAGGAAUUUGUUAUUUUCUAGAAUAAGCGCGAUACGACGAUUUCUAUCCAUCUAUCGCCGAAUUGAAACGCAAUGUGUGAUUUUCUGCUGUCCCUUUGCCAAUGAGAAAAGCAGAAAUACGAUACUGCCAUAUACCUUGAAGAAAUGAAAAUAAUGAUUAAAAAAAGAAAGCGAGAGAAAAAAAAAAAUACGUGGAUUUAACCGUGAAACGUGAAACAAA